GGCCACCUGCGCCCCGCCCUACCGGCCGCACCCCAGCUGGGGAACCACGGAGCCGGGUGUCCGGGCUUCUUGUGUGCCAAGGGGAUCAUCGCGAGUUCUGCUUCUGCCUGGACGGCUGACCUGAGUCCGGAAAUGUGGUCUCGCUGAGAGCCCUCCGACUGAGCGGGUCUGCGGCGCGAACUCACGGGUGGGAAGUUGGUCUGCACUCCGGCAACAUGACCAGCCCGGCGGGCGCACAAAACCAGGAAAUCGACUGUCUGAGUCCAGAAGCGCAAAGACUGGCGGAAGCCAGGCUUGCAGCGAAGCGUGCAGCCCGCGCCGAGGCUCGAGAGAUCCGCAUGAAGGAGCUGGAGCGGCAGCAGAAGGAGGAAGACAGCGAGCGCUACUCUCGUAGAUUCCGGAGAAACCCAUCGGCUUCUGAUGAAGACGAGCGCUUGUCCGUGGGUAGUCGCGGCAGCCUAAGGGUCGAAGAAAGACCAGACAAAGACUUCACUGAGAAGGGGUCCCGUAACAUGCCCAGCUUGUCUGCUGCCACGCUGGCUUCUCUGGGUGGGACUUCCUCGCGGAGAGGAAGUGGAGAUACCUCCAUCUCCAUGGACACCGAGGCGUCCAUUAGGGAAAUUAAGGACUCGCUGGCCGAAGUUGAGGAGAAGUACAAGAAGGCCAUGGUCUCCAACGCCCAGCUAGACAAUGAGAAGACCAACUUCAUGUACCAGGUAGACACGCUGAAGGACAUGCUGCUGGAGCUGGAGGAGCAGCUGGCCGAGUCUCAGAGACAGUACGAGGAGAAGAACAAGGAAUUCGAGAGGGAGAAGCAUGCCCACAGCAUCCUGCAGUUCCAGUUUGCGGAAGUCAAAGAAGCCCUGAGGCAGAGGGAGGAAAUGCUCGAGAAACAUGGAAUAAUCCUAAAUUCAGACAUAGCCACCAACGGAGAGACUUCAGACACACUAAAUGACGUCGGACAUCAAGCCCCUACGAAGAUGACAAAGGAGGAGCUGAAUGCGCUCAAGUCAGCUGGGGAGGGGACACUAGGAAAAGCCAAAGAAGUGGAGGUGGAAAAGGCAAUUGUGGAGAAUGUGGGGACAGGAGGAACCUUACAGAAUACUGAGCAAGAGCAGCCCAGACCCAACCCAGUAAAGGAUUGUGUGGACAAAGGGGUGUCACAUCCCGGUGAGAAUGCUGAGGACCAGAAACCCGCUGAAGACAGCGCUCUAUCCCCAGGACCACUCCCAGGGGCCAAAUGUGAACAGCAGGUUCAGAGCCAAGCUCAAGAGAACACUUCUUUCCUCAAAAACCCAGGGCAGAUUGAGUCACAUGAGGUCACAAACAACCCAGAUGGUGGGACCAGAAACUCUUUUGAACAGUCCAACUGCCUGGGAGGUCUAGACAGUGAAGGGUCAGGGCCUGCCGCCGCCGCCGCCUUAGGUAUCAAAAAUCAAAGUGAAAACUUUGUAGGUAAUCAGGAUAAAGGAAAACAAGAGGAUUUGAAAACAGAUUUGGAAAAAGUUAGUUUCGAACCAUGUCCACACUAUGUUUUCGGGCAAACAUCUGAAGUUGAUGGGGUGAGUUGUACAGAUUCAAGGGGCACAGGUGGAAACCCCACGGAGAAGGUGGUCCAGGCAGGAGGAGCUGUAGCUGGGGAACAAGUGGAUACAGUAGCCUCCGGUCCUCUGGAGCACAGCGAAGACACAGUGAGUCAUGACGGAAGAUGUAUGAAUGAUGGGGUAGGGCAGAGCUCAGAGGGAGAACUCACCCAGGCAGUGGCUAAGCCUGAGGUGGGUGGAGAAAAUGCUGUUACAAAGGCUGGGGACACAGAAGUAAGGGACAAGAAGCCCAUCCAGGCAGAAGUCCAGGCCACCCUUGGAGCUCCCAUAGGACAGAGAGGCCAUCAGGACACAGCAGGCCCAGGUAACUCAGACACCAAACACGCACCGCUUGAUGCAAAAGAACCCAACAAAGAAAAGAGUGAGCAGCAGGCAGAGGCCUUAGACUCACCACAGAGGAAGACUAAGAACAAGAAGAAGAAAAACAAGAAGAAGAAACCUCCAGCCUCAGUGGAAACCCGCCGAGACGCCAGCAAAGAGUCGAACUGUCAGAACACAGAAGCGGGUGACCCGGAGGAAGAAGAGCAGACCCAGUACCCUGACCAAAAACAGGCGGCAGAAACCCAGAGUGAAGACACAGAAAACCCCGCACAAAAAAUCACGGCAGGAAGCAGUGAACGUGUCGAGUGCCCAGAAGAUCCUAAAAGUGAGUCGAAUGGAAAACAGAACCAAAAGGAGGAAGAUGAUGUAAAAACCCAGGCAGGGAAAGCAACAGCCAACAGAGACAAGUUGACGUCUGAGGCAGACACAGCGCAGUCAUCAGGCACCAGUGCUGAGGGUGAGGAAGUUGAAGAACGUGUCACAGGUGGUCCUGCUGAUGGCCACACGGAUGUCUUGGAUCAGAACAGUCCCCAGUGUGAAGAAGGGGACACCUCCCCGAUGGGAAAGAAAGGUCCCCGAAAGGAUGCUAAGAGAGGAAGUAAAGAGGGGCAUGUGCUGUCCCAACAUCCAGGCCAGACGGUUGAGAAGGCUGUGGAUGGCUGCAGUGUAGACAACAGGGACCUGUCAGGGGAGCUGGGGGGCUUCAGUUCAGAAGGUGGCGUGCAGACAGGAGGGGAGAUUGAGAAUAGCAAGAAUAAGGAGGAUUGCACCAUGUCAUGAGGAGGCAGAGGCAGGCGGCGGGUGGGUGGGGGAGACAGCGGGCCCAGGACUCAACACACUAAGCCCAACCUCAAGAGUUCCUCCUUCAGCUCCACUGCCAAGGUUCAUGAAUGUUCCCGUUUCUGUGGAUGUACCACGUGUCCGUCAAUCACCAAGUAUCAACUACUUUAAGUUAUAGACUGUUACUUGUAGAUUUGUAUUCAACCAUUGAUCACCUAGACACCAUUGUGUUCAGUUUCGGUUAUAGCUGAGGACAUUCCAUGAGCAUCAGGUGACACCCUGUCCCUGUCAUGUCUGCAUUCCAGCCUUAAGGUCCAAACUUACCAUUGCUUUAGACCGAGAUGAAUGUGGAUGUUCUUGACCAAAUGUAUCAGCAUCUAGUGGAAGUGACCAAACAUCAUUCUUAGAUUUCUGCACUGUGAGCAGUGAAGCGUCAAACUACUAUGUCUUAUUAAAAUAGAUGUAUUUUCAUAUUUGAUCUUAAUAUGUACAUCAUAAGCUGUAUUUAAAGGAGCUAGAUUGAUAGGUAGCAUACAAGUCACUGGGGGAGAGGAGCUGUACCUCAGGGUAGAGAGUAAUCACUGUAGGGAUUCAAACAGGUAUCAGAAGACACAGGGAAACUGCGUGCCUUUACCUCACAUAAGUGCUGUAUUUUGCACCGAUGCUCUUGGAUCUUAUUGCCAAUGGUACCCAAAUUAAUUUUAUCAAAGAUCUUUA